CGAAGCUCAAGAGUGGUGGGUAAAGGCAGUGGCCCUACAGGCUGCCACCUGCUGAGCUUGUGAGUCUUGGGGGAAAGUAGUAACCGCUAACCACGGAAGCGACGUGAAUGAUCCUUGUCCUGUUGGGAGUGGCCCACUGUUCGACCUCGAUUGGGCCACCCUCUGCACCCACUACUGCAGCAACUGCAGGCCGCCCGCAGCAUUUUGGACGAGGCUUUUGAGACCCGACGAAAUUAAUUAUUCCCACCUCUUUGGCAGCUUCAUCAGAAGAUACAUAAGGCCGUCUCCCCUUCCCGAAUCUGCCAGCUCUAUCCCUCUACCUUUCUGCUCUCCCUUUCUGCUCUCCCAUUCAAUCCGUGCUCGUGAAGCGUCUAUCAGCCAGUAAGUUCAAUCCAAGACCCCUGAAAUCGAGCAUCAAAAAGCUCCUUCGCUUCGUCGAGGUUCCCCUCUACCAUUACGUCAAUGUGUCAAUAUCAAAGACCUCAAAAUCGGAACCAUUGCACCGCACUGCACUUCGCUAACCCGAGUCCCCUUCUAGAACCCGCCCCUCCAUUCCACCAGAACCCUCCCACCACAUCUCGAAAAUGGCUGCUGCAUUGAAGAGUGCGUUGCCUUCGCAUCUGAAGCCCUCCAACCUGGGUGAUGCUCUGGAAUUCCAGAGAAAGCACCAUGGCAAGACACAAUCCCACAUGGUGAGUGAAGCAUUUUCAUAAUCAUACUGGCUGCCACUGCAACACAACAUCGGAGGGAAGCUCGGCUAGAAGAGGCUCGACAAUCAGAGAUGGACCGUCUAAUCCUGCCCAUUCACAACCUCAAGCUGGACAACAUCUCCGCCUCGUCAAUUGA